GACACGCUCCCCAGCGCCACCUUCACCGCGCACACCGCGUUCGACGCGUACUUCGCGCACGCCGCCAGGCCCGCCCGCACCUCCGCCGCCGUCUUCUCGCACCGCGUCCCCGCGCUCGCCGCAGAGGAGUACGCCGCCGCCCUCGCGCGCCUCCCCGCGCCGCGCACGCUCUGGGCCGCCGACUCCCCCGCGCGCCGCGCGCUCUUCGCGCAGUGGGCCGCCGAGCUCCGCGCGGGCUUCAACGUCCUCUGCCACGGCUACGGCUCGAAGCGCCGCGUGCUCAACGCGUUCGCCGCCGCCCUUGCCCGCCGCCGCGGCGCGCACGUGCUCGUCGUGAACGCCUUCCAGCCCGGCUUCGCGCUGCGCGACCUCCUCGCGGCGAUCGCGCAGACCCCGCCCGUGCGCGAUGCGGACGAUGCGCUCCCCACUGCCGCCGCCGCCGCUACCGGGAUCGAGGCGCAGACGCAGCGGGUAUACGACAUCUUCUCCGCGGCGCAUGAAGAAGACGGCGCGCCCCGCCUCUACCUCGUCGUGCACAACGUCGACGGCCCCGGGCUGCGCACCGCGAAGGCCCGCGCGUGUCUCGCCCGCCUGGCUCUUGCGCCCCGCAUCCACCUCGUGGCGUCGAUCGACCACGUCGCCGCGCCGACGCGCUGGACGCUCGCGGAGCUUUUCGCGCGCAAAUCAGACUCCGCGCCGCAUGCUCCCGGCGGCAGCCGCAGGAACGCGAAGGGCAAAGGAAAGGCCCGCGCUGCCCGCGGCGACGGCGAUGAUGACGACGAUAAUAUGGACGGUGAUAGUGUUGCAAACGCGCUCCCGCGACGCGGCUUCGCGUGGCUCUGGCACGAUCUGACGACGCUCGCGCCAUACGACUUUGAGCUCGCGGGCGCAGACCCCGCGUCGCUCUCGAGUGCUCCGGCGGGCACCCGCCGCGGGGCGCCCGCCGCCGCUGUGGGGGCACCGGCCGGCGCGGGGGUGCAAAUUGUGAGCGAGAGCGCAGCGCGGCACGUGCUGGCGAGCGUGACCCAGAAGGCGCGGAAGCUGUUCGUCCUGCUCGGAGGGAAGCAGCUCGAGCUGAUGGCGGAUGGCGCAGCGGGAGGCGUGGGCGCGGGCGCGACUGGUGUGGAGGCGGCGUACGAUUACGCGCGACUGUUUAGCGCGGCGCGGGACGAGUUUGUUGCGACGAGUGAUGGCGCGCUGCGGGCGCUGUUGGCAGAGUUUAGAGAUCAUGGGCUGGUGGUGUCGGUCGAUGUGCCGGGGGCGAACGGGGUCGCGCAGGGAGAGGCGCUCUGGAUUCCAAUGAGGCGGGAGGCGUUGACAAAAGUGGUUGCAGGGAUACGCGCUGAG